CCGACCAGAUAGGACCGGUUUGGAGUGAUAUGGACCAAGCGCAGGCAGGUGGGACUGGACUAGUGCUGGGACAUUGUUGGCUGGUGUGGACAAGUUGGGCCUGUUUCCACGCUGUAUCACUCCAUGACUGCUUUUUGUUUUUUUGCACAGAUGCGCAGAACGGCUGCCAUGUCGGAGUGUGGGGAUUGUUGGCUGUGACCGCUUUGGCCCUGUUGGCUUCUCUUGUGAUGAAUGUGAUUUACUGUACAGCAACGCGCCAGAGAGCACCCAGACCAAUAUACAGAAGUGUCAGUCAACUGCAGAGUCCAACGAUUCAGGAAGUGGAUGACCAUCCAAUUUAUGGCAAUCUCAUACCGGAUAAUAUAGUUGAAAGUGAGAACUGUUAUGAAGCCAUGACGCCAGGCAACAGAUCUGGAAAUGAAACCAAGGUGGCGAUUGAAAACCAGAUGUGUUAUGCAUCUCUAGAUCUUUCAGUGCAGCAGAAAAAACGACGACGAAAGAUCGAGAAACAAAAGACAAACAAUGAUAUGUCAGACGCAGGUGAUGACAACUCCCCAUUUAACCCACACACGCUGACCUCACAACCAACCAUCUAUCUGAACAAUGAACAGAUUAAUUUUAAUGAAGGCCUAAGGGAAGAGACUAUUCACAGUGACCCCACCAUCUUUUAUGGCAAAAUAAACACCUCUCACAGUAAAUUGUCCGUAACUGCCUCGGCCACGGCAAUCGACUUUUAAUUUGUGCCUGUGUAAAGCAUCGUCGGGGAAAGUGAACAAGACGGCAAGUUGAUCACGUAAAUGUCUUAGCCUUGAAAGUUGCUUUUGAUCUCUGUAGAAAUUGUGGCUAAACUAUUGGUUCCUAUCAUUGUAUAUCUAAAUAGUUUACUCUGUGUUGUAAUGCGCACAGUUGGAUUACUGACAUACAAAGGCAUAUUGAUUAGUGAACACUGGAAAGCUGCAGAUGCAGGAAAUACUCGGGCCAGGUAGCAUGGUGCGAAAAGCAGCAAAUGUUAACUUUUCAUGUCGAACACUCUGUCAGACUUCUCCGGCAUAUUAAUAACAGUUCCCCAUAACUUACCAAUUUCAUGAAGCGCACAUUUUUAAUCAAAGGAGUUAAUAAGCAGUCAUAGAAACAUAGAAAAUAGGUGCAGGAGAGUCAGAAUUUAAGAUGAUUUGUAUAAUUCUGUAAUUGUUCCGACUACUUUUCAAUCACCAGACAACCUUGACAGAACCUCAUCCUUGCCCAUUUAAAAGAACAUUCCAGCCUGGUAGAUAUGGUAGCAAGAUCAAACUAGCAAUGUAAAUUCAAUGCUUGAAUAUCGUAAAUCAAGUUCGAGUUUUCUAUUGCGUAUAUUUAUGAUAUUGCAUUCCCAAACAAGAGGGUGGAUACAUAUUAAAUUAAGGUUCAAAAAUUGAUAAUUGACAAUGUUACAUUGUUCCUUGCUUUUACUUUUACCCUCCUGUUACAAACCAGGUAAAGUGCAUUCUCUCAACACUACUGAUAUUGAAUACAGGGACUGUAAGACACCAAUAAAUAUCAAUUUGAGUUUGCAUGUUAAGCAUGGUAGACAUACAGGUGGAAGCAUAUAGAAUACGCUACAACCUGUGGGUCAGCUUCAUAUACUUGGCACAACAUACUGCAGCCCAAGUCAAAUGCUCAAUUCCUGUCCUCUCCUACGGCAGCGAGUACAAGUUAAGCAUUUGACAGGAUGGCAACAGAAGUCACAAGUGUGCAAAUCGCCCUCCUUCCUAACGCUUCUGAAAUGCAGCUGGCCCCAGGACACAGCACUUUCUUCACCUACCAUCCUGUGACAUCCCGCACUGUCAUGUCAACAUACAGAUCACAUUAUUUAAAAAAAAUCCCACAACGUAAACAAGAAAUCAAAGAAAAUAUUUGAAGAUUUGAAAAAACCCCAAAUUGUUCCUUGGCCGAUGAGGCAACAAACAGGUCAGUGCAAUAUUAACAUAACCUGCAGACAGAACAAAAGCAGUUAUUGUGUAUUAUAUUUAUAUAUUUCUUUGCCUUUAACUUAGUCAUUUCCUUGCCCCUUUAAACAAUUGUAUCCAAGGACUGAUUCUGUAAAGAUUAUCACCUAGUGGCACAAGUUACAACGUGAAGAAGCAAUCUACCAUUUGCAGAUUUGCUAAAACACACAAGUACAUCCUUGAAUAUAUCAGCGAUUCUGAUAAAAAAGUUUUUAUCUAGCAAUAUUUAAUGUUAACUUAAAUGAAGUUUAUUUGCAUUUUGAUACCGUUUCCAGAGCCAUCAAUUAUUUGCCAUUACUGAGAGAUUCAAUGAUCUACUGGAUACUAAUGUCUGAAAAAUCAUGGCAAAUAUAAUUAAUAAUCCUAUAACAUUUUUCAUUGUAGUUUAAUGUGCGUUGCACAUGGCCACAUAUGCCAAGUCUGUUUUGUUCUUCAAAUCACUUGUACACAUUACACAUAUUGAAGUUGCAUAGGUGAAAGUCUCAAAGUACAGAUAAUCCCACUUUACAUGGGAUAGAGGUUCCAUAUCAAGAAGUUUCAUAAUGCUAAGCUGUGACAUCUGCACUUGUAUAAAGAAAUAAAGUUUUAAAAAAUGUGUAUAUUUAUUUUCACGCAAAUUCCCCAAGAAUGAAGCUGAUUCCAUAUUUCGAAUUUCUGGGUAAUGAUUUGUGAAUUUCUGUAACCCAAACGAUCAUACUCUAAAAUGGCAAGUUACUUUUGAAUAAUAGUAAAAUAUGCAUGUGUUUUCAGACAAACUAAAAGAAAAGCAUAGGAAAUAGAUGCUGAGGUUAGUAUUGUCCUGUGUUCAAGAGGCUGACAGUUGCUGGGCAGAAGCUGUCCUUGAACGUGGAAGUCAUGGUUCUCGGGCACCUGUACCUUCUACCUGAUGGUAGCAGCAAGAUGAGAGCAUGGCUAGCGUGUGGGUAUUCUGCACCUCUUGGGUUCCUAUUAAAUCUUUC